GUCUCCACUUUCAAAGAAAAAUUUGAAAUGCCCAUUUUGUUUAGACGUUUGAACGUUCAAAUUUGGUACUUCUGCAAGUAAAAAUACUACUGAAAGUGGAGUGACCCUCCUAAGAUUUUGGUUUUGUUCUAAGCUCAUUAAUCCGAACUAGAACUGUCUACUCUUUCAACCGUUUCCAAAAUUUCUUUAUUCGCUAAUGAAUUUUUUAUUUUAUAUUUUAUUUGAAGUGGAAAAGGAGAAAACUCAAUCACCCUUUUUGCUUGAUAGUGUAAUGAGCAAUGUUGUCUCAGCAGGGAAUGUUCAGCUGUUCUGUUUUCAUGACCAGAAGUGGUUUUGUUUGUGCUGAGGUUUCUGUAGGAUUAAGUUUGGGUUUUUAUUUCUCUAAUGCACAGUGGUGAUAAUGAUGGAAAUGACAUUCAUGAUGAUUAGUUGAUGGCUUUUAUCUUUUGCUUUGCUCUCAAGUGCCUCUGCCAUCCUAUGUUGGUGUGUGGAGCAUCUAUUCUGUAUAACAUUGAUUCCUUGAAAUCUGAUCUGGCUUAUCUUUUUUAUUUUCUUUUGGGACCAAUUUUCACCCACCAUUUCCAAACCCCACGUCAAAUUUACUUGCUUUGUCUUUGUGAGUGCCUGUUAUCAAAUCUCCAAAAGCUCAAAGAAACUGGUUUGUGUUUGUAAUAAGGAAUUAGAAUUGGUUUCAGGGUGUAUUAGGGUGUAUUCUGUCCCUUUUUCAUUUUUAUCUUUGUUUUCUUUUUGUGCUUUCAUAUUUGGAGGGGGGGUACUAAAAUGAAUUUGAGGUGCUUUCUGAGGAGCUUUGGAGAUGUAUGAUAUAAAAUUGUAAGUUUGUCUUGUUGAGGUUGAGAAGAAUGGGAUCUCAAGGUGGGGCAGUGCAAGAGCCAAAGACUACUACUACUACCACUACCCCUUUUGUUAGGCAAGGGCCCUUGUAUAAUCUGACCCUUGAUGAGGUGCAUAACCAGCUUGGGAAUUUGGGGAAGCCACUUGGCAGCAUGAAUCUUGAUGAGUUGCUGAAGAGUGUGUGGAGUGCUGAAGCUAGUGGUGGUGAGGCCUCUGGCUUGGACUUUGGUGUUGGUGGUGGUGAUGCUAACAUGCAGCAUGGUGAGGCUGCUGCUUUCGGCUCCUCUCUGAAUCCUCAUGUGAGCCUAACUUUGUCUAGGGAUCUUAGCAGGAAAACUGUUCAUGAGGUUUGGAGAGAUAUGCAACUGAAGAAGGUCACUAAUAGGGAUAAGAAAAUCCAGGAAAGGCAAGCUACACUGGGUGAGAUGACUCUGGAGGACUUCUUGGUGAAGGCUGGAGUGAUUGCUGAAGCUUUGCCUACCACCAAGGACAGGGCCAUGUCAGGGGUUGAUUCAAAUGGGGCUUCCUCACAACAUGGUCAUUGGUUGCAAUACCAGCAGCUCCCUUCUUCGGUGCAGCAGCCGAAUGUGAUGGGGGGUUAUGUGGCAGGCCAUGCCAUUCAGCAGCCUUUCCAGGUUGGAGUGAAUCUGGUUUUGGAUGCAGCAUACUCUGAGACACCGGCUUCUUUAAAGGGUGCGUUGUCUGAUACACAAACUCUGGGUCGAAAAAGGGGUGUCUCUGGUAUUGUGGUGGAGAAAACUGUGGAGAGGAGGCAGAAGAGGAUGAUUAAAAAUAGGGAAUCUGCUGCUCGGUCACGGGCAAGAAGACAGGCAUACACACAAGAACUGGAGAUUAAAGUUUCACGAUUAGAAGAGGAGAAUGAAAGGCUUAGAAGACUGAAUGAGAUGGAGAGGGCAUUGCCAUCAGUUCCACCACCUGAGCCUAAGCCUAAGCAUCAGCUUCGCAGAACUAGUUCAGCCAUCUUUUGAUAUCUUAAUUGCAAUAAGUUCCUAAUUCUUGUUCAUGCUAUCACAUCACAUAGUUCUCAUGUGCAUUUUGCUCUUUUCAAGUUUGGAUACAGUUGUGAGGCUAUUGUUCUCAGGGUAGUUGUUUGUGAUGCUAUCAGUUCUCCCCAGCUUGCUCUAUUCUACUAAUGUUUACCUCUUAUGUAUAUUUUGAUAAGUUUUGCUUACAAUUUAAGCUGCUCUAUAAAUAUACUUACUCUAAUUUCGGAUCCA